AUGGCUCACAACAAAGCCCUCAAUGCCGAGUUCGCCGCCUUCGCAGCCGGGCUAGACACUGCCGCAGUCAAGAUGAUCGCCUCGGGCGAGGCCAUCAUGAAGUAUCCCGGCACCGUACUACUUGCGCAGAUGGGCCUGAUCCCAGAGCCGGCACCACCAUCCUCCUCCUCCCCGGAUCCUUCGCCGGCUGCAGCACUAGUACAGAAGACCCAGUUCGAGCCGUUCUCCUUGCUCGACAACGCCUGCGGGCCUGGCCUGAUCGCCGGCGUGCUGCAGGAGGAGCUGCCCAAGGACGUGCUGGCCAAGAGCCGCGUCCUGUGCGCGGAUGUGAAUGGGAAUCUCGUGGACAUUCUCAAGCAACGAGCCAGUAUCGAGGGCUGGGUUGGUGUCGAAACCGCGGUCCUCGAUGCGCAGAACCCCGGACUGCCGGAAAACUCAUUCGACUACUCCACCGUCAACUUCGCAAUGCACAUCAUCCCAGACCCAGACGCCGUACUGACAGCCACAAAAUCCCUCCUCAAGCCCAACGGAGUCAUAGGCAUCACAACAAUGCACUCAACCACAAAGGGCUGGACGGACGACCUCCUCGCGGCCCUCUCCUCUCUUUCCUCCUCCUCCUCCUCCUCUGCCCCUCCCAUCCUCUCCUUCACCCCGGAGCCCCCGCUCCCGGCCAAGAUCCCCAUGACGGUCAACAACCGCCCCGAGUGGGCCGAGGCCGACGGCGUGCGGGACCAGCUCGAGGCCAAGCACGGCUUCGAGGACGUCCGGGUCCGGCUGCUCCCGCACAAGAGCGCGUGCCUGUCGGGCGCGGACGCCGUGGAGCGGUUCGGGAUGAUGGUCAGGAUGGUUACGGGGACGUACUGGAGCGACUCCACGCGGUCGCGGGUCGAGGCCGAGCUCAAGGAAAAAGGGGAGGAGGGGGGCCUGCUGGGCUACGUGGAGCGGUUCCUGGACCAGAGGCAUGGCGGACAGGCGUGGGAGCUCGAGUGGACAAUGGUUGUGGCGACGGGUAGGAAGCCUGGUCCUUGAGUGACGGCUGGGGCUGCUGCGUGCGUGCGUGCGUGCGACCAUCUGCGUGUCGUAUUUGAGCGGAUUGCGCGAGAUCUUUCACAUAUAAUGAGGGAU